AUGAUAGGUGACCCAGCCAUCUCCACUAGCGACGAGGCCAUCACAGCGGUAGUGACGCUCGUCCUCAACGAUCUCUGCUUUGGGGAGACCCAGGCACUACGGGUCCACGUCGACGGCGCCCGCGAGAUGGUCAUGGCACGCGGCGGCCUGGCUGCUUUGGGGGGUCAGCAUGACCUGGCCAAGAUGGUGCUCGUUGCAGACCUCGCUACGGCCAUAGCCGUCGACACGUCACCCUCUUUCUCAGAAGCCGAGCUCGCCGCCUACACACAAUCUCUCACCGCCCCCCUCGCAUCCACACCCAACGGGACCACCAACCCUCCAAACCCAGCACCCCUAUCAAAUAUCGCCCUGCCGCACACCCCAAACCUCAACCCAGCAACAACCGCCAUGCUAAACGACACCACCUUCCUCAUCGACACAGCCCUCAACCUCCCCCCCAACCCGCCCCACGCACAGCUCCAAAAAGUCCUCGCCAUGUCCAACUGGGUACAGGGGCGCCUGUCCGCCGCAGCAGCUACCACCACCACCACCACCACCACCACCAUCAACCCGACCAUCAACCCCAACAUCACCGCCACACCCACCACUAACAUGACCGCAAAAAGAAAUCCCAGCGCCGCCCUCCACCGCGCCGUCCGCCUCUCCUCGCAACUCUACUGCCGCGCCAUCCAGACCCGGCAACCCCUCGCAAGCGUGGCACGGCCGCAGGACGCGCUGGAUUUGGUGGAGGCUGUCCGCGCAGUGCAGGGGGGGAUAUGGGACGGUACAUGUAGGUCUGGCGGGGGUGGCAUGUUAAGGACGCUGGUGUCGGUGCUGGUGGUGGUGUUGCCUGUGAUGUUGGGUGGUGAUUUCAACUUGGAGAUGGGGUCGGGUUCGGGGGGGUUGCGGUAUGGGGAUGGAGAUGGGUAUGGGUAUGGGUAUGGGUAUGGGGGGAGGGGGUUGGUGGUGGCGGCUGUGGUGAGGCUUGCGAUGGUGGACUGGCCGGGCGCGGUGAGGGUGUUGGGGAGGGUGGUGAGGCUGCAGGCGUGGCUUCGUGGGGCGGUGGGAGGGGGGUGA